AAGGACAUUUCUUGCACCGGAUGUACAACUAUUCAAUGUGACCUGACUGGAUUCUGCUUUAUGUCUCUAUCUUCGUGAAGAAGAUUCAAAUUUAAGAAAAUGUUUCUUACCAGCGUGAACUUGGCUAAAGCAAAAUCCAAGAGCAUACUGGUGCAGAUGGUAAGCGCUGCCGGGACCGGAUACUUCUUUAACACGAAGAGGAACCGACUCCGAGAGAAACUGGUGCUGCGGAAACAUGACCCGUUUGUGAACAAGCACGUCUUAUUCUUUGAGAAGAGGAAGAUCAAAUCGAUUUAAUGCACACGACGUACACGGACAGGUUCUGAACAGUUUUAUUUACACGGAUCGUACAAAGCGUUGGCUAGGAGAGAGGAUUCUGAUUGGCUGCUGUUUAAUGGUGGACCCCCCAUCAAGGAUUGAUUAAAAACAUUCGUAGGAGCUCAACACGACGCUGAAGGAUUGGAUGAAGACGAAAGGACCAACACAAAUAUCUGGAUGUAUCAAACAUUUCAAAUUG